AUGGAUAAGUCAUGGAUGCACUCGGAUAGAAGAUUGAAGGCAUAUGAGUUAGGGGUGGAAUCGUUUUUGAACUUUUCGGUAGAAAAUCUUCUAACUACAACACAUAUCCGUUGUCCAUGUGUUAAAUGUGUAAAUUUGAAAUUGUUUGGGGUUGGAAUUAUAAGGGAUCACUUAUACUUUAAUGGAGUUGACCAAAGCUAUAAGAAUUGGACAUUUCACGGAGAACCUUGGGAAGCAACUACUAAUGCUAGUAGAAAUGUUGAAGAAGAUGAUGACCAUAGUAGGUACAAUUUUGUGUCUGAAGAAAUAGAGAUGGAUAAUAAUGAUUUUGGUGAUUUUGGAUUUGAUCCUUAUGAGUUUGCCAAUGUGAUUGGGGAUGGAGAUCAACCAUUGUACCUUGGCGAUUUGCUUCCAGAAGGAAAUACAAUACUGGCCUCUAUGUAUGAGGCAAAAAAUACUUUGUGUGCAUUGGGGCUGAGUUAUGAGAAAAUGCACGCAUGCCCCAAUGAUUGCAUCUUGUAUAGGAAGGAGUAUGAAGAUUCAACUAAUUGUCCUACUUGUGGUAUCUCAAGGUGGAAGGAAGACAAAGAUUCAAUCUUGAAAGAGGGUGUGCCAGAGAAGGUGGUGUGGUAUUUUCCUCCAAUUCCAAGAAAAUCAAUUAACGGUCAGAUGUCUCAUCCGGCGGAUUCCUCGUCUUGGAAACUUCUUGAUGAUAAAUGGCCCGAGUUUGGUAAUGGAUUCAAUCCCCACAGUUCUCUAAGUAGCAGAUAUAGUUGCUGGCCAGUUAUCUUAGUUACAUAUAAUCUCCAUCCAUGGCUAUGUAUGAAACGAAAGUUCAUGAUGUUGACCUUAUUGAUUUCUAGUCCUAAACAACCCAGAAAUGAUAUAGAUGUCUACUUGGAGCCUUUGAUUGAUGAUUUAAAAUAUUUGUGGGAUGAGAUUAGAAGAGUGUAUGAUACACAUAAUGGAGAAUACUUUACACUCAGAGCUGCAUUAAUGUGGACAAUUAAUGAUUUCCCCGCCUAUAGAAACUUAUCUGGUUGUGCUGUUAAAGGAUAUAAAGCUUAUCCAAUAUGCGGUGAUGAUACACCUAGUCAUAGGUUGAAAAAUGGCCACAAAAUUUGUUACAUUGGGCAUAGAAAAUAG